UAAACUCUUAGCAUAGAGCAAAGCGUUGCUAAAUCGCCGCUCUCUCCAAGGCAACAAAACAAUAUUGAAUAGGGUUGACGGCGUGCAAGUAGCGCAGAGCCUCCAUCGACACGACAAGGCGCUUUCCCGUGGAAUGAGCAUUCCAUGCAGCAUCCUAGGUAUGAAUGACGUGGCCUGGCAGGAGACAAGAGGUGGGAUGCUGCAUGCAAACGGUGCUCCCGAGUCUGGGGGUGUCCGAGUUCAUGCCGGCGUACCCCUCACCGCAGUUGGGGGAACUGGGCAGGCUCCUGGAGGACCACAUUUACAGGGCAUGGAUAGAGGUUCUAACCCUGCCCCAGGUACGCCGCAGCCCCCACUGAGUGGAAGAUCUCAGGAUGACGCCACAGUCGGAUACUUCUUUCAGAGGCAGCCUGGAGAGCAGCUUGUUGGUUGCGCACCCAAUAAACACCGCUGGCCAACUGGAGAUGCUAAUCAUGUUGAUCAGGUUCGAGCUGUGGAUGAAAUGAAUUAUGACUUUCAAGCUCUUGCCUUAGAGUCGAGAGGGAUGGGAGAGCUUUUACCAGCAAAAAAGAUCUGGGAUUCAGAUGAGCUGGCCAAGGAUGGAAGGAAAGGGAUGCUUCUUGGUGAAGAGUGGCGGGACAGUGCCUGGGGAUCAUCUUAUCAUUCAGUGUCUCAGCCAAUCAUGGUACAACGGCGACCAGGCCAGAGUUUCCAUGGAAACGGUGAUGCUAACUCCGUGCUUUCACCUCGGUCAGAAGGUGGAGGCCUCGGGGUGAGCAUGGUGGAAUAUGUCCUGAGCUCUUCUCCUGGUGACAAAAUGGAUGGGCGCUACAGGAACGGUGGCUUUGGUGGAGGAGAUCCUGACCACGAUGGGAGAGACAAGACUGAUGUACAAGGGAAGGCGUCUCCUUUUGAAGAAGACAAAAGCCCAGAGAUGAAGGUUGGAGAGGAUGGUGAUCCUACUAAGGCCAAUGGAAGAGGUCUGCUAAAUGGCAUGGAUAGAGACUGCAAAGAUUUUAACCUGACUCCAGGAAGCCGUCAAGCUUCCCCCACUGAAGCCGUGGAAAGGAUGGGUCCCAGUCAAACUGGUUUGGAGAUGAUGGGAACUCACCACCAUCAUGUCCUCCAACAACAAAAUCCUGCCCAAAAUAAGAUUCCAACUGAAGACUUCCAUAGCCAGGAGGCCCAGAACAUGGGUGGUAUGGAGCAGCCAACUGGUGUGGAGUCUUUACAGUUUGACUAUGCUGGGAAUCAGAUCCAGGUGGACUCCUCAGGAACUCCUGUAGGAUUGUUUGACUACAGUUCUCAGCAGCAGCAGUUGUUCCAGAGAUCCAAUGCCCUGACUGUUCAGCAGCUAACGGCAGCUCAGCAACAACAGUAUGCUCUGGCUGCAUCUCAGCAGCAGCAUCUUGCCGGCCUUGCUCCUGCAUUUGUGCCAAACCCUUACAUCAUUAAUGCUGCCCCCCCUGGAACUGACCCCUACACUGCCGCUGGGCUUGCAGCAGCCACACUUGCAGGCCCCACAGUUGUUCCGCCACAAUACUACGGUGUUCCUUGGGGUGUGUAUCCAGCCAAUCUUUUCCAACAGCAGGCAUCAGCUGCCAAUCACUCGGCUAAUCAGCAAGCAUCCAAUCAAGGUCAACCAGGUCAACCACAGGUGAUGCGCACGGGAGCCAACCAGAGACCUCUGACGCCGGGCCAAGGACAACAGAGUCAGCAGGAAUCUUUAGCUGCUGCAACUGCUGCAAACCCUGCACUGGCUUAUGCAGGAAUGUCUGGUUAUCAGGUGUUGGCCCCUGCUGCCUAUUAUGACCAAACAGGAGCCUUAGUGAUGGGUCCUGGUGCCCGAACUAGUCUAGGUGGGCCUGUUCGUCUAGUCCAGACCCCUCUUCUCAUCAACCCCGCCGCUGCACAAGCUGCAGUGUCUGCAUCUGGUUCUGGUAACAACAUGUCUGGACCUCCAGCCAAUGCACUGUACCGCUCCAUGCCUCAACCUCAGCCUCAGCAACAGCAGCAGCAGCCUCCUCCACCCAGCAGCGGUUUGCCCUCGAGCUCUUUCUACGGGUCAGGAUCAGUCCCCAACACCUCUCAGAGUAGCUCCCUUUUCUCACACAACUCUGCUGCACCUCCACCACCCAGUUCCUCCCUGGGCUUCAGUAGCACGGCUGGUUCUCUUGGCAUGGGCUUGGGUUCUGCUCUUGGAGGCUUCGGCUCAUCAGUUUCCAGCUCUACCAGUAGCAGCAUAUCUCGCAGGGACUCUCUGUUGGCGAAUUCUGAUCUCUACAAACGGGGUGGCAGCAGCUUGACCCCCAUUGGCCAGCCAUUUUACAACAGUUACUCCUCUUCACCCAGUCCCAUUGGCCUAACACCAGGCCAUUCCCCACUCACCCCUCCACCUUCUCUGCCCUCCUCCCAUGGCUCCUCCUCCAGUCUUCACCUAGGUGGCCUGACAAACGGCAGCGGGCGUUACAUUUCUGCCGCUCCAGGAGCCGAGGCCAAAUACCGCAGCACAGGCGGCACCUCCAGUCUGUUCAAUUCCAGCAGCCAGCUGUUCCCUCCCUCUCGGCCUCGUUACAGCCGCUCUGACGUCAUGCCUUCUGGGCGCAGCCGCCUUCUGGAAGACUUCAGGAACAACCGCUUCCCGAACCUGCAGCUCCGUGACCUGCCGGGACACAUGGUGGAGUUUUCUCAAGACCAGCAUGGAUCCAGAUUCAUCCAGCAGAAGCUCGAGAGAGCCACUCCUGCUGAGAGGCAGAUGGUGUUUGGAGAGAUUCUCCAAGCUGCGUAUCAACUCAUGACGGAUGUGUUUGGGAAUUAUGUCAUCCAAAAGUUCUUUGAGUUUGGAAGUGCAGACCAGAAGCUUGCUCUGGCAACACGCAUUCGUGGGCAUGUCCUCCCUCUGGCUUUGCAGAUGUACGGCUGUCGGGUCAUUCAGAAAGCCUUGGAGUCCAUCUCAUCAGACCAGCAGGUAAUUAGUGACAUUGUACGUGAGCUGGAUGGCCACGUGUUAAAAUGUGUGAAGGACCAGAACGGGAACCACGUGGUGCAGAAGUGCAUUGAAUGUGUCCAGCCUCAGGCCCUGCAGUUCAUUAUUGAUGCCUUCCAAGGACAGGUAUUUGUGCUUUCCACACAUCCUUAUGGCUGUAGAGUUAUCCAAAGGAUUUUGGAGCACUGCACUCAGGAGCAAACUCUGCCCAUCCUGGAAGAGCUGCAUCAGCAUUCUGAACAGCUGGGCCAGGAUCAGUAUGGUAACUACGUCAUUCAGCAUGUUUUGGAGCACGGCAGACUGGAGGACAAAAGCAAGAUCGUGGCAGAGGUUCGUGGAAAGGUUCUUGUCCUGAGCCAGCAUAAGUUUGCAAGUAAUGUAGUGGAGAAGUGUGUGAUCCAUUCCUCGCGUGCAGAGAGAGCUCUCCUGAUAGAUGAAGUGUGCUGCCAGAAAGAUGGCCCCCACAGCGCCUUGUACACCAUGAUGAAGGACCAGUACGCCAACUACGUUGUCCAAAGAAUGAUAGACAUGGCAGAACCUGCUCAGCGCAAAAUCAUCAUGCACAAGAUCCGGCCUCACAUCACCACUUUGCGCAAGUACACAUACGGGAAACACAUUCUGGCCAAGCUGGAAAAGUACUACAUGAAGAGCGGCUCGGAGCUGGGCCCCAUCGGUGGCCCCACAAACGGACUCAUGUAGUCGCCUCCACAUUUCUGGGUCGCAUGAAGAAGCGGAGGAGUUGGAACGCCAAACCCCCUGUUCUGUGAGAGAUCGCUCCUUUAGCCAUACGGUUUCGCCUUCGACACACUCGGUCAUCCCCUGAUUUCAGGAGUGGGGGUGAGCUACCAAAAAAUAGAAAAAAGAUGAACUAUUUUCACCUAAGAAUGCUGUGACAUCUGACCCCUGCCGCUCUGCCACCCCGGUGCGGGUCCCCAGCAUGGGCCUCAGGGGCUGCAGUCA